CGGUUGUGCUUCUACGGCUGAGGCACGUCGAUGUCUGCUCGUGAGAAAAGGAGGAAAAAAAAGUGAUUAAAAAAGAAAAAGAGCUCAAUCGUUUUGGUCACCUCGGAAAUAACAUUUCUGGGUCUUUUGUUCUGGGAAAAGUGAACCAGUGCAUCCCUAGUUACGAGCAAUAAAAUCCUUGGAUUUAUUCUUUGUUCAAUUGAACGCAGGGGAACAAGUGCUGGGGACAACGAGGCACGCGAUCGAAGCACUCGAGCUACAAGGAAAACUCGUCAUAUUUUUAUCACUUGUGCCACUUUUCAAUAAAAUCCAAGAUAUCAUGGCUGAUGAAACAAUGAAUGUGGAAACCAAUGACAACGUUGUCAUCAUGGAUUCGUCAGACAUCGCCUCAUCAAUCGAGCAAGUAGAAUUACAAAUUGAGGCGGCAAAAAAAUAUUACGGAGACAAACAAUACAAAUCCGCGCUAUCAUCAUAUUCAAAUGCAAUAGAGCUUUGUCCCCAUGUUGCGAGAUACUAUGGAAAUCGAGCGGCAUGCUAUAUGAUGUUAGAUCAGUAUCGAGAUGCUUUACUGGACGCCAGAAAAUCCAUAGAGAUUGACUCGAAUUUUCUGAAGGGCUACAUCAGAGUGGUGAGAUGUUGUCUGAAAUUGGGAGAAAUAGUCGAAGCUGAGACAACAUUAAAUAAAAUGACACAAAUAGAUCCAACAAUGGAAAAAGAAGCUACCGCAGAGAUCACUGAUUUGUCGCAUCUUAAACGGUUUCUACGGGAAGCGGAUGUUGCCUUUGCGAUAAAAGACUAUCGUAAAGUGGUAUAUUGUAUGGAUCGAUGCUGCGAUGUCAGCAAAUAUUGUUCGAGAUUUAAACUGAUGAAAGCAGAAUGCCUGGCAUAUUUGGGAAGGUACCAGGACGCCCAAGAGAUAGCCAAUGACAUACUACACGUGGAUAGGUCAAACAUCGACGCAACGUAUGUGCGAGGAGUUUGUUUGUAUCAUCAGGAAAAUGUGGAUAGAGCAUUCAUGCAUUUCCAGGAAGUGCUGCGACUCGCUCCAGAUCACACGAAGGCAUUAGAAAUAUAUAAGAGAGCAAAACAGCUGAAACAAAAGAAAGAGGACGGCAAUGCAGCGUUCAAAGCAAAUCGUUACCAAGAGGCUUACAAUCUCUACACCGAAGCACUGGCCGUGGACCCCCAGAAUAAGCUCGUCAACACGAAGCUCCAUUACAACCGAGCACUGACAGCUGCCAAAUUAGGCCGAUUAAACGAAUCAAUAUCAGAAUGCACCGAGGCACUGAAUAUUGACGAGAACUACAUGAAGGCAAUCCUCAAACGUGGAUCAUGUUACAUGGAGCUCCAGGAGUACGAAGAGGCAGUCAGGGAUUUCGAGAGAGCCUGCAGGGUUAAUCAAUCGCGAGAGAACAGACGACUCCUAAUGGAGGCUAAAGAAGCACUAAAACGCUCCAAGAAGAAGGAUUACUACAAGAUCUUGGGGGUUGACAAGGCAGCAUCAGUCGAGGAUAUUAAGAAAGCUUACAGAAAAAGGGCGUUAGUACAUCAUCCAGAUAGACACUCCAGUGCCUCAGAUACGAAGAAAAAAGAGCAGGAGAAAAAAUUCAAGGAGAUUGGCGAAGCUUACACCAUUCUAUCCGACCCCAAGCAACGAUCGCGAUACGAUCGAGGAGGUGAUAUGGAGGAAUUUGAAAAUGGCUUCGAUCUAUCCAGAUUCUCCACUGAUUCCGCGUUCGAGGCGUUCUUCACGAAACCCGAGGCAGGCUUUAAAUUUCAAUUCGGUGGGGGACACGAGUCAUUUCCGUUUUGAUACCGCCAAGUCAUGGCGAUGCACUACAAACUGAGAGCUCAGAAAUGGUACAGAUCUCGCUUCAAUUCUUCAAGUUUUUGGGAUUUUAAGGGAAAUACCGGAAGUUGUUGAAGGGUUUUGGUACUAUUGCAAGGUUUUCAAGGGUCUGUAUAAGCUCAUACAUGACGAAUGCUCUAUCGAGGAAAAUAGGCGUAGGUUAUUAAUGGGAUUGUGUUGAUGUAAUGAAGUGGAAGAGGUGAGGGGAUGAAUUUUAGUUUUUAAAUAACAUUUCAUUGCGAAGACGAGAUGAUUUUUUCUCAUAAAUUUUCCUACCAUCAUCGGAGACAUUAUUGAUUCGUUGGGAGAUAUUUUUUGAUCAUGUGAGAGUGGGCUAAACAUUUUUCCAGUUUAUAGAGUUUUACGUAAAAAAAAAUUGUUAGAGUUGUGCAAUUUCUCAAAAAUUUAAAUAAAUCUCUCGAUUCUACCACUUCAUUACGGAAUGAUAUUGCAAAAUCAUGGAAUGUAGUCUUUAUCAUGCGGUAGUACUCUCGAGGCAACUUAAUACUAAACAUUUCAAUUAGAGAAAACAGAUUAACACAGGUAUUAAUAAUUGUAUCUAAGGGGAACACUCUUAAUAAGAUUAUUUAAAAGGAUGACUUCCUUGAAUUCCGAAUCAUUAUUUUAUUUGAUCAUUUUAUCGGAUGUGGUCGGUUCGAUUGAUGAAAUGAAAUGCGUAGGUGAUUAGGAAAUAUUUUCAGUAGUGAAGUAGUAAAAGGAGAUGGAGUAUGACUACUGGGUUUGGAUGAAAAAUCAUUUAAUCGAAGUCAACAUUAUUUGAAUAUGUGAAAACAAAUUGAAAUUUUUGUCUGCACCCACUAGUUUCAUAGAUGUACGACAAAUAAUGCUCGUAUAAACUAUCAGAUUCAUCUCCUCAUCUCCAUUUGCAAUUUCCAAUGGUUAAUAGGCAAAACAAAUGUGUUACAAUGUCAUUAGGAAUCGGAAAGACCCAAAUAGCUAAUUAUCAUGAGUUUCAAUUAAAAACGUGACUUUAUUGAGAGUGUUGAGUCACAGGGCUAGGCAGACUUAUAUCGUAUCGAUAAAACAACCAAUAUCACUCAUCAAUGACGAUAAUUCGACGUUAACAUGUAAUGUAAUCGAAUGUAUGUUAUAUUUAACGUUCUACCACGUUAUCAAAUUCCAAGUGCAAGUCACAUUGAAUUAUUUUGAUGAAAAUGGAAAAAAAAAUGCCAUUUGCAGACUGUUCGAUGUGAGAGUAUACCUCUUUCUCUAAUCUUAUCGUAUACUCUGCAUAAUGACUGUUGAUUUACAAUUGCAAAAUCGACGACAAUGUAUCUUCUGGUAUGAAUAAAAAAACUUGAGGGAUAACGACGGAAAAUUCGUGGAGUUGAAAACACUUUUGAUACAAUUGUCAGUUAGAAUAAUACCAGGUUUGAUGCGUAUGUUUCAAUUGAAGUAAGAUUCAGAUACAAUCAUACAGGUUUCAAUAAAUCAUAUCUAGCAUUAUUGUAAAUUUAUUUAAUUAUUUCGAUUAUCUUUUUUUCGAUCCAUCAAUCAUAAUUCAGUUCCCCAUUUCUUCACUAAAAAUGAACGACGAAUUGGAAGAGUAAUAUCAAAAGAUCUUUUUUUUUUUGUCAAAUCUAUGAAUAACCCAAGAUUGUUCGUUGUGAAUUUAAAUAAAUAAAGGUCCUGACAAAAAUAGAAAA